GAAGUUUCUUUUUUGGUCUGCUUGCAACAAAGGAUGAUUGAUCGAUAUUCUCAAAGCUGAUGCUGGCCACGGACUUUAGAAAUUAAGCCGCUGCAUUUGACGCAUACCAUAGGUUUUUCGAUUCGCGGGGGCCUUCGCAAUGUCGUCCACAACCCCCUCUCUGUCCCACAACAAAAUCCGAGCCCGUCCCAGCGCCAGCGGUCUGCAGAGCUCAGCGGACAGUCCACGUACACCUCUUUCCCGUUCUGUGUCUGGACUCUAUGGAUCUCCCGGAUCAUCCUUCCGUAUCGACGACGAGAAUCUCUUGAUAUUUGAAUUUGGAUCUCGUAACCUUCGCGCUGGUUUCGCGGGAGAAUCAGCUCCGCGUUGCCGAAUAUCCUACUCCCCCGAGCUUUGGCGACGGUCUGGCGACUAUAGGCACUGGGAUGUUGAUUUUGAGAACAGAUCUGGCAGGGAGGGUUAUGAGCUUUGGGGGUCGCUGGAUGUGAGGCAUCUCGACUUAGGCGUUGUAGAGGACAGGGUCGAGAAACUCAUCAGGGAGGCGGAGGCGAGGUUUUUGCUACUGGAUAAUCGAGCAAAGAGAAUCUCUUUGACUGCGCCGUCCAGUCUGCCGCGUCCGUUGCUGAGCAUUCUUUUGAGACGGUUAUUCGAGGGACUGCAAGCCGUGAGCGUGACGGUUUUUCCGUGUUCCGUGAUGAGCUGUGUUGGCGCAGGCGUGAGGAGUGCAAUCGUACUCGAGAUUGGUUGGCUCGAGAGUACGGCAACGGCUGUGUGCGAGUAUAGAGAAGUGCGGCAGUUAAGAAGCAUCAGGGCUGGCAGAGCACUGGCAAAAGAUGUGAGACGGCUGCUGAGGAGGGAGGCAAGGAAACAAGGCGCGAGCGCGAAAUAUAAACCUCACUUCGAAGAAGUAGACGAUGUAUUAUGUCGAGCGGCCUGGUGCAGAGCUAGCAGCAAAGCCACGGAAGACGAAGAACAAGAAACUACUACCAUCACGAUACCGAUUACUUCAAAAAAUGCCGGCAUAUCGCAAGUCUCUCUUCCUCUUCAGGCUCUCGCGGAACCAGCAGAGACGGCUCUUUUUGGAAGCGCUUCACAAACGCGAGAUUUGGACGAUCAUGAUCUUCCUCUUUCACGUCUGCUAUACGAGGUGCUCCGUCACCUUCCAAUUGACAUUCGUAGUCUCUGCACUAUGCACAUAAUUGUCACUGGCGGUAUCUCCAACAUUCCAGGAAUCAAGCAACGCAUCAUCUCAGACUUGCAAGAUCUUGUAAAGACGCAAAGCUGGGAUCCGAUACGGGAGUACGCGCCACGACUGGGACUAUCACGUCCCACAGCCCGUGCAGCACCUUUAUCCGAAGUAGAUGGAAAUUUACAGCGGCAAAGUAUAAGCUCGAUGCCCCCAACGAAGGUCACAGAGACAGUAUCAGCAGAAUCAUCAUCCGAUGAGCCUGCUGUUUCAAUUAUCCCUGCGCAUCUCCGUCCUCAUGACGCCAACCCAAUUGACUCAAAGCUUGCAUCCCUCACACUCAAAGACGCCAUUCCUACUCCUGCCAAAGGUACUCUUCGGGCUGUUAACACGCUUGGUGCCUGGGCUGGCGCAAGCCUCGCAACAAACCUAAGGAUUCGGGGCGUUGUAGAACUUGAAAGGGAUAGGUUCUUGAGUCAUGGCCUAGUAGGAGGAGCUGUUCCAGGAAGCGUAAAGCCCGGCGUCUCGAAUGCUGCUGUAGAGACGAGUUACGCUCGAACGCGGCAGAGCCUUGGCGCGAAUGCGAAGUUGGGUGAAAAAAGUGGAGGAUGGGGUUUGGGCGUCUGGGCUUAGCCUUUGUUUAUUCCGUCGUUGUGAUACCCAAUCUAUAUCUGCGCGAAAAGUGUGUUGCAGAGAAAAGAGCAAUCAUAUAUGUAUACGUCAGUAUCAAAGGAAUCUAUACACCGUCCAGGUAAUUGAACGAACAUCGCAACACUGCCAUAACUCUCGAUAGGCUGUACUCUGCAUGUCAAGGGCGUUGUCUUGUUAAUCGAGAUGACUUGUCCUCUGGUCAUGCUUUUCAGAUACCUUGACGUAGAAUCAGCUUUCAUAUCAAUAUUGAAGUUUUGA